AUGCGGGUCGUAUUCACCCUUGGGCGACUCGGAUCGGUCAAACCAUUGACCCAUGCCCAUCGCGCGCCCAAUAUUCGACCCUCUGCUUUUUGUCGACCUCAAUACCUUACACCCCCGAGACUACCACCCUUGGAUCCGGCCGCUUUCGCUUCAUAUGGCUGCAGAAGCAUUUCUCACGAACAGAAGGCAAAAGAUCUCAAUCAACAGGGGGUCGAUGAUGCUCUUUCAGAAUUUGACAGUGUUCUGGCACACAAUGGAGAAAAGCAACAGCGGACACCAUGGCAUCGUCAAGGAGCGGAAGAGCCUCCUGUGCGACGACAACGCUCUGCAGGGGCCAUGACUAAAGGGAAGCUGCUCACCACCCCUUCGAGACUGCUCAAACUAGUUCUGCCCUUGACUACGUCCGAUCACAAUGACGACAGGAAAAAUAUUGCUCCCCUUGCUCUCCUUGUCCACCCACAACAACCACUAUCUUACCUCGAAAGGUUGAUCCAAGCCGAAUUACCUAGCGUUGAAACUGAAAAGGGAGACAAACGGUUACCGGCGAUAUCCUUUCGCGCGAUGGAGGCUGAAGGCGAUGAGAUCAUGCCCAAGAACCAGACGCUAGAAGAGGAAGAACGGGGUCAACAGAAGAGUGCUCUCGGAGAGGGUGGUGUCCAAAGCUACAGCGGAGCUGGCAGAGAAGGGACGGGCGAAGACUCCGGCGAGUUCGUCAGAUGGAGUGCCUCCACCGAGAUUGGUGAUUUCAUCAGGGACGCGGCUAGAGCGAAAGAAUUUGAAGUCGAAAUUGAAGGCAACCCGAGAACAAUCAAAGUUGCCGUGCCGUCUUUCAACGAUAGAACUUUCUAUCUUCGACAAAGGCUUCGCAGGAUCUCGAAGAAGAUUGCUGAUUUGGCUGCUAUCAAGCACGAAUGCGAUGUGGCCGCCCACAAAAGUGGACAGAGGAUCGCCCUCGGCGGAUGCGGGGUCUUGAUUGGAUACUGGUACGUGGUAUAUCGUUUGACGUUCGAAACGGAUCUCGGAUGGGAUGUAAUGGAGCCUGUGACCUAUCUCGUCGGAAUGGGAUCAAUUAUUGGCGGUUAUAUGUGGUUUUUAUACCAUAAUCGCGAGGUGUCGUAUCGUUCGGCGAUGAACCUCACCAUCAGUCGUCGGCAGAGCCGUUUGUACGAGCUCAAGGGCUUCGACCCGCAGAAGUGGGAAACUCUGACCGAGGAGGCAAAUGCUCUAAGAAGGGAAAUCAAGGCGGUGGCUUCUGAGUAUGAUGUGGAAUGGGACGAAAGAAAGGAUGAGCACGACGAAGCUGUUGUCAAGGCAUUGAGAGAAGAGCGCCAAAACGGGGGCAAGAGCAAGUCGAAGAAGAACAAGGACGAUGGAGACGACGAAGAUUAA